GAAUUCUUGGCGCUCAUGAGUCUCACCUACCCAAUUAAUGCCUCAAAACUAAGUUUUGCUUUUUUACACACACUUGCAUGUGUGUUUCUGUGUGUAAUAUAUAUAAACUUAGUUCGUAUGUGUGGCUUUGUGUCUUACACGCUGUGGAUAUUUCAACUGAUGAAAUGAGGUGCAGUUGCUUUGGUGGUUCAUCAGGGAGCAGAGAAAAAGAUGAUGAAAUCGUUGUGUCUGGAAAUAUAAAGCAGCUGUCAUACAAAGAACUCAAAACAGCUACUGAUGAUUUUAAUCCAGAUAAUAAGAUUGGCCGAGGAGGUUUUGGUAUUGUUUACAAGGGAGUCCUCAGAAACGGAACACAAGUGGCUGUAAAAACACUUUCCACUGAAUCAAAGCAGGGUCUGCAUGAAUUUUUGACUGAGAUUGAGAUUAUAUCCAAUGUCAAACAUGUAAACCUUGUCAAGUUGAUUGGAUGCUGUGUUCAAGGAACAAAUCGGAUUUUGGUGUAUGAAUAUCUUGAGAACAACUCUCUUGAUACUGUUCUGUUAGGUUCAAACAGCAAGACCGUUAAAUUGAACUGGGAAAAAAGAUCUGCUAUCUGCAAGGGUACUGCAAGAGGUCUUGCAUAUCUUCAUGAAGAUAUCGUGCCACCUAUAGUGCAUAGAGAUAUCAAAGCUAGUAACGUUCUUCUUGAUAAAGACUUCACUCCAAAAAUUGGAGACUUUGGGUUGGCCAAACUUUUUCCAGACAAUAUCACUCACAUUACCACUGAAAUAAGAGGAACCACAGGUUAUUUGGCACCUGAGUAUAUGUUGGGCGGAAAGUUGACAAAAAAGGCAGAUAUUUUCAGCUUUGGGGUUCUCAUACUAGAGAUAGUAAGUGGCAGAAGCAGCGGAAAAGCAAGCUGGGGAGAAAUUCAGAAGCUCUUGUUGGAAUGGGCAAGGCAGCUCUACGAGGAGGGCCAACUCUUAGAGAUGGUAGAUCCUCAACUCGAAGGAUUUUCCGAGGACGAAGUCACUAGAUACAUAAAAAUAGCUCUUUUCUGUACACAACCAACAGCAAGCAGGAGGCCGAUGAUGAGCCAGGUUGUUGACAUGCUCUCAAGAAACACACGUCUCAAUGAGAAGGAACUCAAGGUAGCGGGCUAGUCGCCUAGUCCCAGUAGAAAGGGGCUUUCAUGUCAUAACCUCUAUUACUACUGGAUGAGCUUUGUCACCGAGUUUCCAGGAGAUUAAAGUUAAGGUUCUUCCAAAAAGUUGAUGGCAUCUUCAUACUGGACAAGAGAAGAAUUUUAUGUGAUUAUUAUUUUUUAUUAUAA